UCUCAGAUCUUUCGUUUAUUGGGAAUGGUUUCUUGAUAGCAUUUAGCCCACGUUAGGUUCUACAAGGGACGUGGAACUCGACUUUGGAGGUUAUGAUUACUUUGUUUUGAUUACUGAAGAACUUUGACCGCUGACUUUCUUCCAGUAUCUCUCUCUUUCUCUUGUCCGAUAAGAAUCGGGCUAAUUUUCCUUGCUGGGUUUUUGUGUCAUGUUUAGUUUAGCAGAACACUUGUAUCUGCCUUGGUGGUAUAUCAAAGUCCCUCUUUUCAUUCCACUUCUAAAAUACGUAUAUUAACAAUUUAAAUAUAAUAUGUUACAUUAGCGUUUCGUUUCAAGGAUAUUUCAAACUUAGGCCUUAUUGUGUUGUACCAAUUUAUUUACUUGUCACAGAUGCAAUGGAUGAAUGGUGGGAUCGUGCAGACAUGGAAUGUGGAAUACCUUACUACAUAAAUCACCGAGAGAGGAAGACACAAUGGGAUCACCCACGGUACAAUGAAGUGAUUAAUUUGCUUCGGGAAUGUAAUGUCAUAAAAUAUGCAGCUUACCGCACAGCAGCCAAACUAUGUGUGCUACAAAGAACACUGCACAUGGAGCAGGUCAGAAUGGGACUUGUGGUGGGCGUACUUGACCAACACCGUCUUCGCUCUCCUGAAAAUGGUGUUAUUUUGGAAGUCCCAGAACUUGAAGCUGUGCUAGCUGAUAUGUUUUUUGCUUCUCGUAGAGAGAACAUGUCAGAUGACGACGUAGAUCUCAACUCUGAGCUUUUACUAAACUUUCUUCUCAAUGCCUAUGAUGAUAAAAGAAAAACUGGUUUGACUGUUUUGCAAGCGAAAGUGGCUUUGAUUGUGUUAUCAAAUGGGCGACUUCAAGACAAACAUCAGUACUUAUUCCAUCAAGUGGCAGAUCACAACAACUGCAUUUCACGACGCAAGUUAGAAGCUCUACUGCAUGCCCUUGCAAUGAUUGCGGAAUACCUCUCUGAAGGGCAAUCCUUUGGUCCAACAUUAGUUCCAGCCACUGUAGAUAGUUGUUUUCAGUUGUCUCAAGGUACUCUGGGUGUAACAGAAGAUGGUUACAUGAGUUGGCUUCUUCAUGAGCCUCAACUACUUGUCUGGUUGUCUACAUUUUAUCGAAUGCGUUCAGCUGAACUAGUUUGGCACAAUGUUAAAUGUGCUGUUUGCAAAGCACAGCCAGUACGUGGGUUGCGUUAUCGUUGCUUACGUUGCAUGGGCUAUGAGCAGUGUCAAACUUGCUUCCUCACCGGCAAAGUCAAUCGUAAACAUAAGCUUUCACAUCCUAUGCAAGAAUAUGUUGGUCAGACAUCAUCUAUGGAAGCUACCAGAGCCUUCUUAAAGGUGCUCAAAAAUAAAGUAUGCCGCUCCUCUUCUAAGAUUCAAUAUCUUCCUGUUUUGCCACAAGAUUCAGCUAUACCAAUGACAUCGAUAACUCGAAGGAAGGAUGAACGGGGAGCUGCUGCUGGAUCUUGUGGUGAUGUUACUCGUCUUCUGGAUGGUCUGGAAACAACCUCUCGCACUGUCUUAUAUGGUUCCACAUUAGACCUUCAUCCUGGGAAAGAACUACAGAGCAUUAUUGCUCAAUUGGAACAGCUCUGUGCUGCUGAUGAAACUGCUUCCAGCAAUACUCCGAUUGCAACAAGAAGGGAGGUAGAAGCUCAGGUACAACGACUUAAAAUGCUGAAGCGGUUUCUUACUCUUCGGGUUCGGCCACAAGUACCACACCGCACUCUGGAACGAUUAGAGAGCACUCCUUUAGUUUAUGCCGGUCAACGCAACCGAAAACCCAGUGCUGAUCAUUUCAGUGAAUUGAGCCCCAUACCCAUGGAAAAAAAUUCUUCAUAUGUACCUCCAAGAGAUUUACAAGUUGAGGUACCUGGUCCAAGAGAAUUUGGGGAAGGUGCAGAAGCAAGUGCCGAUGAUUCUUCCUCUCUACCAAGUUUGACAGAAAGGCAUCCCGGAGACAUUAGUACAUGGCUGGGUGAUCAUCAGUCUUUCUCAGUUCCUAAGAAAGAAGACUUUCCCAGCGUCUGGCUACACAAUCCAAUACUGGACAGAGGUUUUCCAAAUAAUGUAGAUGAACCAAGUCAGUCAGAUGCUCAAUCUGACGGCCAGUCAGAGUCACUCUCUGAUGUACAAAGGGAUCGUAGACUGGAGGAGCUUCAUAAAGACUUGGAUACUAUCCUUGACCGUUUGCAGAAUAUGCUUGCUUCUAAUUUUGCAGAAGACCCUGUACACAAGCAAGACAAUGAAAAAUUGCAACAAGAUGCAAUUGAAAUUGAAGACCUGUUGUCAGGUCUCAUUGAAGGUGUUGAAAAUCAUCAUCCCCCACGCAGUAAUUGUCUUGGUACUGAUGAAAUUCCUCAACAUAUUAAUGAUAGUGCAUCAAUAUUAGCUGGCACCUAAAUAUGUGUCUGUUUUUUUGUGUCAUCCUUGAUAACUUGGAAUUUUAUAUUUCUUGUGCUCUCUAAUAAUACAAAUUCCGCAUUGUACUCUUUAACUUUACCUAGGUUAGAUCUGAGUAGCUUAAGACUGGAACAGUAGUUAACUCUUGUCUACUCUCACUUGAUUGCUUAUUGAUGACUCAGUCUCAUCAAUACCAAAGACUGGGUAGAAAGGGUUACCAAUACCUAUUUUCUGCUCGUCCUGAUCAGUAUUUUACUUACUUGUUUAUUAUUAUAUCAAUUGUAUCACCAAUGCAUUCUUUAUGUGCUGGGGUUAUGAUUUCUGGACACUGGAUUGUUUUAACAAUGGUGCUUCACAUUUAUUACCAUACAUUUUGUAUGUCAACCUCAUCAUCAUCUAAUGUCUUUACAUUUCUCUUUUUAUUAAUUAUCAUAUUCGAUUAUCUGUUCGGAAUAUUUAAUAUUUCAAAAAGACUGUUAGAUAAUCUACUUUUCUUUAUCUUUUUUGUUAUGAUGCUAAUCAGGCGCGGAUUAAGGGAGGGGGGGGGGGGGUGAUCGCCCCCUCUGUCGUCUCUAGCUAGAGAGCUGCCUGAAAGGUUGACAAUUUGCGCCUCAAAACCCCUGUAUGUAGGCAACCGACAGUGCAUCGCUCCCCCUGUCAGCCGGACCUUAAUGCGCCCCUGAUGCUAAUUUUAAGUGUCAGCUUGUUUUGUUUCUUUAUGUAAGUGUCUUAUGAUUGUCUUUCUAUUGAAAGAUGGUGCAGUGUUAAUUUUUAAGACCAUUGUGCCUUAUUGUGCUUUGUUUCUGUUUAUAUUUAUAUUAUUUUUAAUGAACCAGAGGUAUUUUUUUUUCUUAAAAUUUGUUUUAAUAUUGAAAUUUUUUACAAGGUUUUUUGGUGAGGUAUAGGUGGAUAAGCAUUUUUGUGCAUGCUUCCUAAUGAUGACUUGUACGUGAAGUACCUGCUAAGGAUCCUAUGACAUGAAAUAAUUCCGUCCAAUUUUGCAUUGAUACAGUGUUACUUUAUUCAAUUGAUGCAAUGGCAAGAUGAAUUGUUUUAGAGAAUACUCGUACGUCUUAUUAAUGGUUUUGUCUGCAUGUCUCUCGCGGAUUUAAGUAACCAAGAUUAAUUAGUUAUGUGAAUGGUUUGAAAGUACUUUUAACAGUUGUAGUUCAUUAAUCUAUUAAUCAACCAAACCAACCAUUUACAAUACCAGAUUGUGGUUGAUGCCUGAUAAGUGAAGAUACUCUAACAGUCUUAUGUACACUUGUUUUGGCAAUUGCUGUGCAAGCCUUGUAAUUUAGUUGAGGAUGAUUAAGCACUUUGUUUAACAUUCAUAGCUAUAUAAUCAUUUUAUAAACCUAUAUCUAUAGUUCAUAAAUAUAUUUAUAUUUAUAAACAACAUGAUAAGUUACAACUUA